UUGCUUUGCACUUUAAUUGGAGUUGGCCUCAGUCAGUCGCCCCUGUUCUCCCUCCUCCGUACAGCGGUGGAGAGACUGAUGCCUUUCAGCGCGGCUGGAUGGUGCAUGUGUGUACUUGUCAUAGUAGAGUAGCCAGGCUGUUCGGUUGGGGCUCUAAAUUGACUAUCUCUUCUCCGGCUGUGGCCUUUCCUGUAGUUAAACAUCUGUUCACCGAUCGUGUCCAUCUGUAGCUCAAGAGUAAUGUUCUUUGUACACCAGCUGUAGCCUGGACCCGGCAAACCUGCAGCAAGAUGAGCUCGGAGGAUCGCGGCUCAGCCAUGUCACAGAAGAUCUCCUCCCUGUCACGCAGCAACAGCAGCUCUUCAUCCAAACAUGACAGCCGACAGGACAGCUGGGAAAUAGUGGAAGGCCUGCGUGGAAGCUUCAGCAGUGUCCAGGAGCCUCAGAAACAGGAGGGCUACAUGAUGAAAAGAAGAAAGUGGCCAAUGAAGGGCUGGCACAAGAGAUACUUUUUCCUGGACAAGGGUAUCCUUAAGUAUGGCAAGUGCAGUGCUGAUAUUGAGAAAGGGAAGCUGCAUGGUUGCAUUGAUGUGGGUCUCUCUGUCAUGGCCAUUAAGAAGAAGGCCAAGUGCAUCGAUCUUGAUGCCGAGGAAAACAUCUAUCACCUGAAGAUUAAGUCUCAGGAGCUGUUUGAUGAAUGGGUAUCCAAGCUGCGUCACCAUCGUCUUUAUCGGCAAAAUGAGAUUGCCAUGUACCCUAACGAGAAGUCCUUGUUCUAUCCCCAUUAUGCCUCCCCGAACUCCCCUGGCAUCGCCGAGGGGCCCCCUAUUAGAAAGUGCCUGACUAUACGAAGGCAGUCCACAGUGCAUCAUGCCGCAGCUUUCCCUUUAAACUCCAACAGCCAAGCAAAGGUAGCUGCCUGGCUCCAGUCAUCUGACGAAAUGGACAAAUGCUUCAAAGACUUAUCAGUAUGUGAGGCCUAUCUCCUAGAGCUUAACCACCUGCUUCAGAGUAUGGAAGUAAUUCACCGGACUUAUUCUGCUCCAUCCAUCCAAGCACUGCAGGCGUCUACUUUUGACAGCCCCAAAAAAGAAAAGAGACUUCCAAAGAAGUGGCGCACUAAAAACUACAACAAAGAUGUCAAAACAACUCUGCAGGUACCGAGCUGCAUCUCUUCUGGCUCUAUCCGCCUCCAUGCCUCAAACCCCAACCUAUCCACUGCUGCACUGAGCAAUGAUAAAGCCGAUCCUGAAUCCCUGGACUCCCCUUUUGAUGUGGCCAAGCUGCAAGAAGACUUCUGUCGUGUUGCCACCAACUUGCAUACAACCAUGAAGGCAGCCCUGAGCACACUGACAUCAGAGAGAGAGAGAUUAAAACAAUGCCUGGAUCACGAAACCUGCCCCCCCACCUCUCCACAAGUUGUAAAUCUGAAGAACACGCUGGCUGCGGCUUUAGCCCAGAACUCAGAGCUGAGAGAACGCCUGUGCAAGAUUCAUGCUGAGUCCCAGAUCAUAGAGCCCACACUAAUAACGCUCACUGCCCCUGUGCAGAAACAGGAAUCUGUAGAUGAAGCCCAUCCCCUCGUACACCAAGUAUCCAAUGAGAGCAGAGCUUCAAUCGCGGAGUCUUUGUCCGAGUUCUUCGACGCACAGGAGGUUCUGUUAUCUGCUAGCUCUUCUGAAAAUGAGGUAUCAGAGGAUGACUCAUAUAUCAGUGACAUUAGUGACAACAUUUCCAUGGACAACUUCAGUAAUGAGACCGAAAGUGAAAGACCAAACUCGGGCUCUGUGGAAGAAGGCACUGUUCUUUAUCGUCGUAGAUCCUGUCUGCCCACACCCAGCCCGAGCAACACCUCCAUCAGCUUGUGGAACAUCCUUAGGAACAACAUAGGCAAAGACCUUUCCAAGGUGGCAAUGCCUGUGCAACUUAAUGAACCCCUCAACACCCUGCAGAGACUGUGUGAGGAGCUGGAGUACAGCGAGCUGCUAGACAGGGCCGCCAACACACAGGACCCUUUUGAACGUAUGAUAUACAUCGCUACAUUCGUUGUGUCCGGUUAUGCAUCCAGCUACUACAGAACUGGGGGAAAGCCUUUCAACCCUGUUCUUGGAGAAACAUAUGAAUGUGACCGGCCGGAUAAAGGCUUACGAUUUGUUGCAGAGCAGGUCAGCCAUCACCCACCAAUCUCAGCUUGCCAUGCAGAGUCUAAAAAUUUUAUGUUUUGGCAAGACGUGAGGUGUAAGAACAAGUUCUGGGGAAAGUCAAUGGAGAUUGUUCCUGUGGGGACCACUCAUGUAACUCUGCCAGGAUUUGGAGACCAUUACGAGUGGAACAAAGUGACCUCUUGCAUCCACAACAUUCUCAGUGGGCAGCGCUGGAUCGAGCACUAUGGGGAGAUCACCAUCAGAAACUCCAGCAGUGAUAUUUGUCAGUGCAAGAUCACUUUUAUUAAGGCCAAAUACUGGAAUUCGAGUGUAAAUGAGAUAGAGGGCACUAUCACAGAUAAUAAAGGAAAGGUUAUCCACCGACUCUUUGGAAAGUGGCACGAAGCGGUUUUCUGUGGAGACCCGCCUUCAGCUACAUGCAUCUGGAGAGCAAAUGCAAUGCCAGUAGACCAUGAGCAGUACUAUGGCUUUACGAAGUUCGCAAUUGAGCUGAACGAGUUGGACCCAUCCCUGAAACUGCUGCUACCACCUACAGACACUAGACUACGAGUGGACCAAAGACUGCUGGAGGAGGGGAAGUUGGAUGCUGCAGAGGAGCAUAAGCAGAGGAUUGAACAGCUGCAGAGAGACAGACGGAGACUCCUGGAAGAGAACAAUGCAACACAUCAGCCUAAAUUUUUCAGGAAGGCACAGGAUGAUACCUGGGUGAGCAACAACACGUACUGGGAGCUGAGGAAAGACCCUGGCUUUGCCCAUGUAGAUUUUCCUACACUGUGGUGACCAUGCGCUGCAGAUCAUACAAACAUUUGGACCUGCACAGCCUCUACUGUGACUUGUGAUCCAGACUGGUUCUGGUGAUGUCUGUAUCUCAUUCUGACCAUCCACAUUCUGUACUGGAGUUCAUCAGAGUUAUUGCCUUAAUAGCAAGUGCUUAUCUGAGUUGUAUAAACACAUUUAUGCAAACAUAUUAUGAGAAUGUUGCUCAAUUUGCAGUAGGCCAAUUUAAUUUUUUUGCCUGCAUUCCACAUAUUAUGUUGUGCUAAACCACUUAAACUAAGAAAAGGAAAGCUCCUUGGUAUGUAGGAUGAGAAGAAGAGUUUCAUAGUUUAUCUACACUAGCUUAAAAUGUACUGAUCAACUGGUUAUGUUGGUUGUUGUCUUACCAUGGACAUUCUCUACCUCUGAGAUGAACUAGCCUCGCUACGCCACUGAUUCAGUGUAAACAUCAGAUAUUUAUUCUGCAUCUGCCUGAUGCCUUAAUGGUUGUACUCAAACUCGUUUAAUUUAUUUUGUUGUACCUGCCAAAUGUUUAAAAAAAAAAGCAAAAGUCUAUGUUUUGUAAGGAAUUCUUGCUAACAAAAUAUUGUGCAAGCUAUCUCCGAAUCCUUACCGAAGUAAUUUUUCUGUCAGUUAUGAGUAAUUACUGCUUUUCGCUAUGAAUGUGUGAAUGAUUGUGCAACUAUGAGCAGCUGUAGCAAACUCAGUCAUAUCUUUUUCACUUUAUUCAGCACACCAUUGUCUAUAUGGACCCUGGGCUGUGGGACCAAAAAAAAAGAAGAAAAGAAAUGUCCAAAAACUAUGCUCCAUGAGCUCAAAUAAAAUUUCUGAUUGUUUUCUU